AUGAGCCAAGACCAUGGCAUCCCUGGGGAGUUGGCCGAUACUGAGAGCCACGACUUGGUUCAGGUAGAAGCCGAUGAACCAGGACCACUGCAGACACCCGUUUCCAACGGGAAAGCCCUUGAUAUCACAUGGAAAUCAUCAUCGAGAACUAUAGAUGAAGAUCUUGUAUCUGGACUGUCGAACGAGGAUGUGUGGAUGCUCAUCCGCCGGUUCAACAAGCAAAUCUACUAUGUCAAAGCUAUGUCGGACGCUCCGGCGGGUGAGCUGGAUCUCAACCGCGCGGACGACGAGCAGUUUCCCCCGGAGAAGCUACGGAUGACUCUGGAGCGAUUUUAUAUGUCGGUCCUGGUCGGGCUGAGCUAUUUCUCUAAGCACAUCGCCAGGCUGCGGUCGUGGAAGGAGCCUUUGCGCACACUUCUGUUCUGUACUUGUUAUUUUGUCGCCUGGUUUCAGGACCUGCUCAUUCCCGCCAUAUCAGGCUUUUUUGCGACUCUUAUCCUAUGCCCGUCAAUUCGCACGUGGCUUUUCCCUGCUGCAUCUCGUGCUGUUUCCGACGACGAGGGUGCGAAAUCGGGCGAAGAUACUACAUCACAGGAUAGCAUUACGGGUGCUCCAGAGCGCUACAAAGGUGAAGCAGCCGAACAGGAGGCCAGAAACCUUGUCAACAGCGUUGCAAAUGUCGCCAUGGAAAGUGCAGCCGCAAAAUACGGCCAGGGCAUUUCCAAUGAGGAGUCUGAUACUGCUUCCGAGUUGAAUAUGGAAGAUGUCGGAGUGAAAGCAGAAGAAGCUGGCGAAAACGAGAUUCCGGACAGGACGAAACGCCCCAUGAAGAAAAAGAUUGGCAAAGCCACCGACAAGGUCAUGUUUGUCAUAAGUGAUAUAACUGAUAUUUGGGAGAAGUUCUCAAAUAUCCUCUCACCAACUCCGCCGUUCUACGGUGUCACUGCCCGGUUGCGUUUACUCGGCAUAUUGGCAGGAAUAUCCGUAUCAUCUCUCGUCCUGUCCAGCCACUUCAUCCUCCGGACCGUCUCUUUCCUUGCUGGAGUCGUCUUCUUCGGUGGCCCCAUCUUCCAAUGGACCAUAUCCUUCCUCAACGAACGUGUUCCAAACUGGAAGCAACAGCUGGACCUGAAUAAAACGCUACUGAAAGGGGUGCCAACCCACGCCCAGCUCACUUUGACGCUUCUUCGCAUCGGCGAGUUGAACUCCUCCCCAUUGCCACCACCACCGAGCUCUAAGGAGGAGCCAGCGUGGCCUCUACGCCGCAAGAAAACAAAACCCGCAAUCUCCGACAAACCCGCGAACGCAGACCCUGCAUCGCCUCUGGAGGUUGACGGCACAGCUCUGGACGAAGCCACUUCUCCUGUAUCGCCCAAAAAGUCCAAGAGAAGAUGGGUGUCAAAAGUCCUCAAAUUCGUGGGCCGCACGAUCGCAACGGCCAUUAAAGGACACAUUGCGAUUGAUCGUGCAAUGGCUAUCGCUGGUUCGGAGCACACGAAAAGCCUGAUUAGUCUUUUGUCCAAGAGAGGCUGGGUCACGGCCCCAUUCGGUCCUCUGAAGUUCGAUGCGAAAUUUGAGCGUAAGCGAGGAGCUGUUGUCAUUGACUCCUCGCUGGAGCCCCCUGUGCUCUACUUUACCACGUAUCAGUCUGAGCGACUCGAUGACCUGCGACUGGAGUGUCGGAAGAAGGGCUCCGUCCUGUUCCAGAUCCCCGUCACUGACAUUACGGAGCUGAAGAAAACCGAAGGCCUGGGUUGGAAGGCAAAGAUGAUUGUUGAGCUUGCCGCUGGAAGUAAGGAGGCGGCAGAUGGGUUGGUUAUCUCCGGAAAGGAGCCCGAGCAGUCUUAUCAUGUCACUGGAAUGCGAGCGCGGAAUCAACUGUUUAAUCGGUUGGUGGCCAUUGGCUCACAAUUUUGGGAAAGCCGCUGA